ACCAACGUUUCCAUUGGUACACCAGGAUCUCGUAAUGAUUGUCGUGUUUUGAAAUAUUCAACUUUCUACAAAAAAGUAACCUAGGAAGGACCCGAGAGCUUAUUUUACAAUCCUCACAAUCAUCUUGUUGGUGAUAAGGCCUAUCCUAACAGAACUUGGCUCAUGGCACCUUAUAAGUAUGUGCAAUGGACUAUGGAAAUCUUACUCUGACUCAAAGGCGUCAUAACUUUGUCCAUAGUUCAACAAGAACUGUCAUAGAACACGCAUUUGGACUUUUAAAGGGACGAUGGCGAUACCUGCUGAAAUUGAGACUCAAAUGUAUUGACAUGGCUACAAACUUUGUUUUAGCAUGCUGUGUACUUCAUAAUUUCUGUUUCCUACAUAAUGAUGAAGUUAUUCAAAACAUGGUAAAUGAUGAUAGACAGAUGCGACAGCAAGAUUUAAUGGAAUAUCAUGAUGCAGCAAAUGCAGACAUUGCUAUACAGAAGAGAGACCGCAUUGCCAGCUUGUUAUAGCUUGAAAUUUAUUUUUCUUUUAUGUGUUACAGUGGAUAUAAAAUACUCAUAUUUCUUCAUGUAUUGGUGGAGAUGCAGUGGCACUGUCAACUUGAGGACACACUUGGAUAUCAACAGACUCUUGUAUAAGGCGCGUAUGUGGCAGGAAUUGGCGUAUUUCUUUAUU